CCUACUUUUAUUUUAGCAUCCUCAUACAGGCCAACUGUGGAAAUGAACAACUUGGAAUUUCCGAAUAAGCACGUUCUUCCAACGGGCUACAAUAUAACAGUCGUUUGUACCAGCAAUCAUCCAACGAAUCAUAAAUAUUUCUUUCCCUACUGGAUCCGUUUUUUUUUCAACGAUGUCUACAAGAGAGAAUUGAGUUGUGGUGGUGGUGACUUAGAUUACGAACGUUCAAAAGUGUGCAAAUACUUUAUUCAAAACGCCACCGAGGAUAACUCUGGGAAUUAUACCUGCAUCUCAACAAAUAGUUAUGGCUGCACAAUGAAAACGGUGGCGUUGAUGUUUAAAGGUAACAUUUCGUAUUAUUUGUUUCUUGUUAUACAUUAUAACAAAUGAAGUAGCUCACAUUUAGUUUGGUAUCUACAUGACAUUUCAUGUCGGGUAAAACUUAUAUUGUAUAAUUUUCACUAGAAAACCACGAAGAUGCAUCAAUUUGAAUUGACGGGUAAAUUGAAAACCGCUGAUAACAAUUUCAUAUCAUGUCGGUCUUGAAGGAAAGUGUGUAAUUCGACUUGUUUUCUUUAAUUUUAAAAUUUUUGAAUUUUGUUUUUCUUGUUUAAUCAUAGAGCCAUCACCUCCGCUGUUUACUCAUCACCAGCCUCGUGAAGUCGUCUUUCUAAAAUCGAGUAAAGCCAAACUCAACUGUAAUGCAUCAGGUGUUCCCCUUCCCUCCAUCACCUGGUUCAAAGACGGUAAUAGCCUUUCCAGUUCUUCUGUGAUAGGGUCAGAAAGGUAUUCAAUAUUGAAUUUUGAAUCUGUACACCCUCAUGACCAAGGACGGUAUUGGUGCGAGGCAAACAGCACAGAGGGGCAGAGCAGAUCAGCUCCUGUAAAUCUGACAGGUAUUGAAACAUUUCACUUUUUUGAAAGACCAUAAUAAUGUUCAAAUAAUGAGAUGUUUUUAAAGAUAAUGAUCAUAUCCUGUAUGCAGGACAUAACUACACGCGUACUUGUGAAUAUGAUUUUGCGUUUGCUGACUUUCUUCAUAUCUUUGUAAAGUGGGACAAUUACAACAUGGAGUCCCUGAUGGAUUCUGUGGACCGUCGAAUGCUUGGGAACAUUUUUUUUUCAGUAGGUUACGGUGGUUCUUAAAACCAUUAUAUAGUGGUAAUGCUUCUGAAAGACCACAUGUAACGGUUGCCGAGAGUGUGUACGUUAAAAUCUCGAGCUUAAGGGACUGGUCAUAAGCUAUUGCCUAAAGGGGAGGGGGAGAAUUUUAGUUGUGUCACAAUAAAAUUUACCUUAUUCACAGGGGACGUCAAAAUGUGGUAAGAACAUCAGUGACACACUUGGCUGGGCCUCGUGUGCCACUUUUUUGUUCUUACCACAUUUUGGCGUCAUCCGUGAUCUAUCACUGAACAGACGCACGGCAACUUGGAAUCUAUUUGUUAAAUUGAUAGUAGUUCUCGGCCAACGAGCGCACAAGAAUUUCUACAGUUAUGGUAAAAUAUUCUUAUGUUCCCCCCUCCUCCUCAUUGGCAGGUGGCUCGAAGUGAAUUCUCUAUAGUCACCCCUCUCAAACUCUUUUGGUGGCAACUGAUUCCCCUUCGUGUCAACUAAAAAAAUGUGAUCCCCGGGUGUCUGGACUAUUCAGUACAAUGUUUGUGUAACCGUUGUUGUUACUUUUAGUGGUGUGGAAGCCAGUGUUCUCCAUUCAUCCCCAAGACACAACUGUGUAUCUUGACGAUGAUGCCACCACCGUGACUGUUAAUCUCUCGUGUGCAGCAAAUGGCUCCCCACUUCCAGUGAUCAGUUGGUUAAAAAACAACUCCAAAGUUGAUGAUGAUGCAGUGAUUCGAAGUCAAAACAUCUCCAUCCUCACUGUUGAAAUCAAGGAGGGGACAGAAAAGCACUUUAGAUAUCGUUGCGUUGCUAAAAACUCGUUGGGAAACAUAUCUUCCCAGGAAGCCACACUGAUGAUCGCAAAACGCGAUGAGGAACGUCCACCUAUGAAGCGUAAGCUUACAGCUCUGAUUCACAAAUAAGGAUUUCCUUUGUUUUAGGUACAAAGAAUGUUUUCCAAAACUUCUUCGAAAGCUUAGGUUGGAAUAUCGGCUUGAAUUAAGUUAGAGUACUUUUUUUUUGCAAAAGCCGUGAUGCCAAUUAAGCGACAUGGAUAUACCAAAAUCAAUGGGAUCUAAAAUGAAGAGUCUGGAUUUUAUUUAUUGGUAAAGGACAUCUUGAACAUCCUUGUUUUUAGUGUUUUCAUCCAAGGGCUACUUCAGUGACUAUGGGCAUUUUUUUUUAAAGAAAAGUCACCACCCUUUUAAUGAACGGUGUGCUUUACUUGUGCUUUAUAUCUAGCAUAGUAUUUUUUAUACAAUUGAACAAUUUUUGCUAAAUCUCGCAAUUUCAGCUGAUGACAGAACAGUCACCAAAGAAAAUUGGUCCGCAAUCAUUUGGUCCAUCACGAUAACCGGGGCUUCAGUCCUUAUUUUCAUCAUAAUUCUGUUCGCUAUCAAGAGGAGAACGGACCUACUAGACCAGAAAGUAGGUACUUAAAUCGCUAAAUCAUCGCCUUUUCCUGUUUUCCCAAUAAUUAUCCCGAGACUACACAGGUUUUUCCUCACUAACAGCUGGUCCUGCCAUUGAUUCGCACCAAAUUUUCAAUGAAAUGCAAAACUGAGUAGACCAAUCUGGACUUGUUCAGCUUUAUUUUCUCGCAUUAAGUUUGCAUACAUUUAUUUUGAUCCCAAAUAGCCUUGUUUUGAUUUACCUUUGUUGUGAACUUUGUUAUUAAUUUAGUUUCGGUUUAAAUGAGGUCAACAGAGAUGGGCACGGUAAAAAAAUCCGCCCUUUGGUGUACACAUUAAGGUCUUUUAAAAGCAUACUGGUGUGAUAUAAUCUGUGUCAUUUGUCAAAUUUAGGUUUCUAGAAGGACACAAGAGGCUUUUGAGAUGAAAAUCACGAGCACAAACGAUACGAUAAAUCAGUUACGAAACAGCCGGUCUGCAUUAACCGAUGAUGGUGAACACACGGAUCCAUCUACUAUUGACGAAAACGAAGUCGUUGGAAACGAAAUUUAUUUGCAAUUAAUGGCAGUUGACAGAAACUGGGAGAUCCCCCGGGAUAGAUUGACUAUUUCAGAGGAGAAACUUGGCAAAGGAGAGUUUGGAGAGGUUAAGAAAGGAGUUUACCUAAGAACUAAUGGAAAUGAACUUCCAGUGGCGGUGAAAAUUCUUAAAGGUUGAAAAAUUAAUCCAUGUAUUUGAGAUUAAAAUGAUCGAAGAUAUAUCUUUCAGAGGGUGUUUACGGAAGAUAAAUCUCACCUGUCCUUAAAUUUCCAGCCUAGGAUUCGUAUCAUCGUUAAGCAUGAUAGCCUCUACGAGUAAUAAUAAUAAUUAAAUGAUUUAUGAACUUACAAAGCGCAUGCUACAUGAAAUUAAAGUAAUUUACAGUAAAGGUCGGAAAAUGAAGCGCAGCAGACAUGUUAACAACAAUCAACCUUAAAUUGUUAUGUUAGUGAUGACAAAGGACAUGAUAGCAAACUGGACAGCAAAUGACAGAAUUGAAACCUAAAAAAUUGGGGACAUUUUUCAAGAUUUGUGUUUUGCGGCGUGCCAACUUAAACUUAACGUCCAAGCCCUAAGUGAUAAGAACGUCAUACAUACCUUUUGGUGGGGAAAAACUCUUAGAACAGAAGGGAACUAAGUAUUUGGCCACUAUAUCAUAAAGUUAGUUUUCAUACCACGUCUUCUUUGACAGAUAACAAAGACAGACAGCAGCGAAUGGCGCUUAUCAAAGAACUGGAGACACUUAUCCAAGUUGGUCGCCAUCCGAAUAUUGUCAGUUUAGUCGGAGCUUGCACCUUUGAAGGUAAGGGAUCGGCGAUUCAAAAAGUUACGGCGAACGUUGGAGGGCAAGUUGUGUCAAUGAAAGUUUGUGUAGCGGAGAUGGAAAUAAGAUUUAACAAAAAACAAUUGUACAGUGGGUGCAGAGCCUUCGUCUUAUUUCGAUGAUUUAGGGAAAGUCUUCACCUCUAGCCCAGAGGUUUUAAAAAGUAUGCAGUAAGAUGAAUUUCGAUAAACCGAUUUCAAAUUUACUGAAUCCAAAUUAAGCUUAAUUAAUUCGUUUUUGAUUCACCGGCACACAUACCUUUAAAUGAAAGAUAUUUCCAAGAGGCUAGUUUUUCCAUGGUAACCAUGUAUGUAAAAAAAAUGAUGUAACGAUUUAUUGAUUGAUUUGUGUUCAUUGAUGAAGGGAUCAUUUUGGGCCAUCACAACAAAUCCAAUGAAGUUUUCUGGAGUCAGCAAUGCAGUGUGAUGUUUCAGAAGCACUGUAAGUUUUCAACGUUUCUUUUUUCACCUCUAGAGCCUCUUUGCAUCGUCAUUGAAUUUGUCUCUGGUGGAAGUCUUGAUAAAUUACUUCGAAGCAGUCGCGUCCAUAAUCAACAAGUUGAUCCAACUUAUGUUAACAUAUGGUCAAGACUGACAGAGAGAGAAUUAUUGAGGAUUGCUUCAAACGUCGCUAGCGGCAUGAGCCACUUGGAAAGUAAACAGGUUUGUUCAUGGAUUCAUGAGUGAGGCGCAUUUUCUUGCUGGAUAUACUUUUGGUAGCAGUUUUAUUAGAUAUCUUGUUGGGAAAUGCAAACUAAAUAUGCGAAAUGCAGAUGGUACUUACGUAGAGUAGUGCGAAGGAAAAAAAAGUCACAAGAGAAAUGCGAGCGAAAGAGAAACGAGGUUAAAAAAGGCAUAAACGGAACAUUACAAGCCAAAAAAUGUAAACAAAGUAAUGCUAAAUUUAACUUAGUUAACAGAAAUAACAGAAAAAAAUGGUUUUGCACAAUUGACGGAUACGAAUUGAGGAGAAACGAUUCCUGAUGAUGGUUAUAGAGAUAAUGACACUUACAUAGGUCCGCAUGGCAUGACUAGAUAAGUAGUACUUAAUUUCGUUUAUCUGUGGUUCAGUGCAUUCAUCGCGACUUGGCGUGCAGAAAUGUUCUCGUUGGAAAAGGGUUGGUAGCCAAGGUGGCUGAUUUUGGAAUGGCACGAGACGUAUCCACAGAUGGGCAGUACAUCAAGACAACAGAGGUAUAUAUUUUACUUAUUGCUCAGAACGAUCUUAAUAACUGGAACUCCGACAGCUGAGUGGAACUCUACAGAAUUUUAAACUCACGCAUUAACUCACUUUGGGUGGAGAGCUGGUUUGCCAGCAUAACUCACAAUCCUUAACAAAAUAUCUAUUGGUUCCCACCUUUUCACAACAGUCAUAAUAUAACCGACGAACCACACUGAGAGUCUUCACUAUAUUGAAGAAUCUUCUCUGAACAGUCAAAAGGAAAGUCAAGUGAUUACGGUACUACAACGUUCGAUAUCACCAUUACGGCGAAACUGAGAUGGGACUCAAAGCAGACUUGCCACAAUAAGAUUACAAUGAAUUUUUCUGAGGGUUGCCAAACCGCCAGUCUGUGCUCUCGACAACACUUAUCGCCAUCAAUAAAAUUGUAUGCCAUAAACAAUUUCUUCCGAGAAGUAAGCAUUUGUGAACUAACUUACGAAACUUUAUCUUAGGGACGAGUUCCAUGGUUAUGGAUGUCUAUGGAGGCGUUAAGGGGAACUUGUACAAUAAAGGGAGACGUGUAAGUUAUCGGUAUUUCCAAGCUGAAAUUGGAUUACGAUAAAGACUUAAAAUUUCCGAGCUUUACUAUUAUAUUAUACUCCUUUCUAGGUGGUCAUUUGGAGUAACCCUUUGGGAGAUAGUUACUCUUGGUAAGUAAAAGCCCUAUUGAUAAAAUUAUGUUUAAAAUUAAAUUACUGAUAUCGUAACCAGGAAGAAAAAAAACUAGACACUCUCCGCUCUCCCUCAAUCCCAAUUUUCUAAAAUAGUUUAGCCUGCGAGCAGGCCGUCAUUAUUUGCGCGGCAGGACGCGCCUUUCUCCUCCCGCGAGAAUACUUGAUACGAGUUAGGGAGAGGUUUACCGGGGGUACGGCAUUAGUGCGAGACAGUUUGUAGACCUCUCGCCGAUUUAUGUUUCUCAAGGUCUCUAACUUUCCCAAGGGCGAGGAAACGCACGUGCUUAAGUUCUGAUAACAAAGGCUUGCCUUUAGGCUAAAAUAGGUAUGGGAUUGGGACCCUAGUUUAAUGCCAUCGAUCAGUGAUGCAAGUGGCAGAAAAUGAUGUGGAAAAAUCGAAAUAGUAUUAUCAAGAUUCUCUGAUAAAAUUUUCAAGCAUCCAAGUUACAUCAAAAAGGAUUUUAUUACCUAGUAGUUUUACUUAAGGUUGGCCAUGACGUUUCUAGGCACGAGAGGAUCUUCUUCUGAUUUUAGCUGACGUUUUAAUUGCAUAUAGAUCCUUAGUUGAAGGGUACUAACUUAUACUGAUAGACCUUUUUCAUCUGAUGAGAUGGAGGGUAUUACCAUCCAACUGAAUUUGAUCCUUCUAUUUCUAGGGGAACUACCGUACACGGGUAUCAAAGGCAUUUUAGAGCUUUACGAAUUGCUGGAGGAUGGAACAAGAUUACUAAAACCACCGCAUUGUUCGGAUGAGCUGUAA